CUUUGUCACACCGGUUCAUGUCUCUUGCUGACCAAGAAGAAAUGGCGGAGGUGAAGAGGUGUCAGGCAACAUGCAAUGUUUCGCCUCACAGAGGAAGGAAAUGCACUGUCACUUCUGGAAAGGCGUGCAGCCGGCAGGCGCCUCCGCUCCAGCGCGCCAUCCAGGGAGACGCUUCAUAAAAAAAUACCAUAAAGUGUUUGUGGCGGUCGCCAUCGCAUUGUUUUUGCUUCCCUUUUUGUCACUUUUUGCUUGUUAAAGGAAUGUUUAGCAGACGGGGAAUAAGUGAAAGGAAGGGGGCGGGAAUUUCCCCCAAAAAGGUUCUUACGGCUUCCAGGAAGUGCGAGUGAGGACGAUAUAAGGAGACGCGCGGAGCCCAUGAAGUCACAAUCGUCUCAGCUCGUCAACCAACCAGAGACAUCUGCUGUACAAGAUCAUCUAAAAUGGAAUUCUGCUGUGGAUUAUUUGGCAAGAAGUUCACCUCAUGGAGCAGCUUGGCGAUUAUUUUCUCAAUGCUAUGCAUGCAGACGAGCGUGGAGUGCUGGUCCUACUUCUACUCCAACAACACCAUGGACUGGGAGCAUGCCCGAGCGUGGUGCCAGGAGCGCUACACCGACAUGGUGGCCAUCCAGAACCAGGAGGAGAUCUCACAUCUCAACAGCUGGCUGCCCAAGAUGCCCACCUAUUACUGGAUCGGCAUCCGUAAGGUCAACAGCACCUGGACGUGGGUGGGCACCAACAAGGCUCUCACGGCCGAGGCCACCAACUGGGCUCUGGGGGAACCAAACAAUGGCAAGAACGGGCAGGUGCUAGGCAGGAGCGAGGACUGUGUGGAGAUGUACAUCAAGAGGGGAUCGCAGCCCGGGAAGUGGAACGACGAGAGAUGCGAGAAAAGGAAAACGGCCUUGUGCUACACCGCCGCUUGUCAGAAAGACUCCUGUGUCCAUGGAGAAUGUGUGGAGACCAUUAACAGCCACAUGUGCCAGUGCUUUGAAGGCUUUUAUGGAGACAAGUGUGAGCGUGUGGUUCAGUGCAGCAAAGACGAACUGACCGUGCCUCCCAAAGGGAGCGUAGACUGCACCGGCAAACACGGCGACUUCUCCUUCGACUCCCUGUGCCAAUAUUCCUGCGAGGACGGCUACCAGCUGAGCAGGCCGGGGCCCUUAAGGUGCACCGCCUCUAAGAGCUGGUCAGAGCCGCCUCCAACAUGCGAAGUGGUCCGGUGUUCGGAGCUGUCGCAUCCAGAAAGAGGAUCUAUGACAUGUCGGGACCCCGUGACCACCUCUGGCUUCCAGUCCUUGUGUGUGUUCGCCUGCCAUGAGGGCUACGUCCUGUCUGGCUCCCAGUCUCUGCGAUGUGAAGCGUCGGGAAGUUGGAACGCCUCGCAACCGACUUGUGUUGCUGUCCAGUGCCCCGCCCUGCCUGGCUUAGACAAUGGUACAGUCCGCUGCGGAGAGGACCCGGAUGUGAGGUUCAGUUACGGGAGCACCUGCACGUUCAGCUGCUCCGCCGGCUAUCAGAUGGUGGGGGCCAGCACGGCGACGUGCACGUCAGCUGCAGAGUGGAGCGAGACGAUGCCUCACUGCCAAGCAAUAACAUGCCCCGCCCCUGACCUUCCCAAGGGAGCCCAAAUGAACUGCACCCCCUCCCUCCUCCCAUCAUGGACCCCCUACCCACAAGAUACAGUCUGCACCUUCAGCUGCGACGAAGGCUUCGAGCUCCAAGGUGCCCUCAGCGCGGCGUGCACGCAGCCAGGCCUGUGGACCGCCACGCCUCCAACAUGUCUAGCUUCCACGUCUCAGUUUAAUGCCAUCGCGGCCGGCGCAACAAUAGGGGGCGCCGUGUCCCUGUCUACUCUGUCUGUGGUGAUGUGGGUGCUGAAACGACUAAGGAGGAAAGCAAACAAGUUUGAGUUGAGCAGCAACUCUGACUUUGAGGACCCCCCUCAGGUGUACAAGAACAGCAUUGACAGUCUCAUCUAGGAUGCCUGCAGUCAUCUGACUUCUUUUAAGCCCAAAAACAUAGAAAAAUGUGUUCUGUAAAUGUCAUUGACAUGUAUUUCCUCCCAAAGGGAGUUUUUGUUGUUGUUGUAUGGAGCACAUUGUUCUACACCUUCAGAAACAUGCUGGAAAAGUGUGAUGUUACGCAACGUAAUCGUGCACUGCCAUGUUCUCAAUAAGCUGUGACUAAUUUACUAUAUUUAUAUCAUAUUUUGUUAUUAUUUAUGAUGCGUCAUUUACACAAAUCAUGUCUUCAUUUUCCUUCAUUCCUAUGAUUGUAUUCAUGAAAUGUAUUGUUGUAAUAAAAAGGAAACUCAUG